AUCCUCUUCUGGAGAGUCAGCGGGUUCCCUCUCUCUUAGCUUUUUUCUUUACGCUUACUUUUUCCAGCUGCAGCAUGGUGCGGACUAAAGCAGACAGUGCCCCAGGCACCUACCGAAAAGUGAUGGCAUCUCGGGCCCCCCGGAAGGUGCUGGGCUCCUCUACCUCUUCCAGUAACAUCACAUCGUCUUCAUCUCGGAAAGCUGAAAAUAAGUAUGCAGGGGGGAAUCCAGUUUGUGUGCGCCCAACUCCCAAAUGGCAAAAAGGAAUUGGAGAAUUCUUCAGUCUGUCCACUAAAGAUUCAGAAAAAGAGAAUCGGAGUCCUGAAGAACCAGGAUGUAGUGGCUUAGGAAAUUCAAAAAGAAAAAGUCACAAGGAGCGAGGUUAGAACUCAUCCUUUGCAACCUGAUCACACAGAUGAUGAAAAAGAAUAGACCUUAAAUCACCUUUGGCAAUUUCUCCUGUUUCUUGGGUACUCUUCCGGUGUAAAUUUGCAGAAAUAAUAUGUGCUUCAAUUAGGUUUGUCGAAUAGGCAUUUGCUUAAAAAUUAGGCUUAAAUUUAUUUAACAUAAAGUAGUUAUGACAUUGGAGUGUUUGUAAGAUUAACAUAUGACUACUUAGCUUAGUAUUCUAUAUAAUGUAGUAUUUAGUUUCAUCCCUUUACUUAUUAAGCUUUUUUUAAAAAAAAUUUUUGUUAUUUUUUAUUAUUAAGCUUCUUGUACUUACUAAAUAAUUGCGUGGUGUUCUAAUUACAAAUCUACUGUAUUUGAGAUCUGCUUAGCUAUUUGUAUGAGCAUUUUUAUUGGCAUGGUGCCAAGUUGUUGUUCCUCUUACUGGCUUUAAAAAGCAGUUAGCAUAGGAUCAGGAAGACAGAUUCCAUAGACUACCUUGAGAAGAAUUGUCCUUGGAUAUAUAUUUGGUUUACUGUCAUAAAAUACUACCCUUUCGGCCAUUGGAAAUAAAUCAAUAAAGCAUGAAUGAUAAAUUAUGCCAUAAACCUAGCAGUAUGUCUAAAGUCCUCACAACCAUCAUUCUAUUUUUCAAGAUAAUCAAGGGUGUAAUUGAAGAAGUGGUUGUAAUAUUACUCAGUGGCUGAUAUGCUUGUUUCUUCAUCAGACCUUUUGUUCGCUGAUAUCUUGUUAUUAAAAGUAACUUUCUAA